AUGGCUUCACCAAGCUCUUCGAAGGAUAAAUUCUAUGAGAAGGUCAUCAACCCCUACCUACCGGAGGUGAUGAAGCAGCACCCUCAACCCAUUGAGAUGCGUGAGGGGGUGCUCCACAUCCGGGAUGUUCAAGGGCCCAAGAAGACGGGAAGCGUGGAGGCCAGGCUCGAGGCAGUGGCGCAGGAGAUCUUCAAGUGCCAAUGGAUGGUGGAGCAUGCACUUAGUGCCAACAACUCCAUGAUCACGGAAUUCACCCGUGAUCACAAGGUGGAUGUCCAGUCUAUGAAGAACAUCAUUUUCCACUUGAAGGAACAAAUCAAUUAUCUUCAAGGCCAAAUUUAUGAUCUCCAAAAUCAAAAUUUUGAGUAA